AUGGUAUUAAGCGAACAAAAUAUUUAUAAACUACAACAAAAGCAUCAAAAAGAAAAGCAGCAAGAAAAUAUUAGUGAACCUAUUAAUACGUCUUGGGCUGAAACUAUCCCCCCAAAACAAGCCCUUUAUGAUCCUGAUUAUGAAAAAGAUGCAUGUGGUGUCGGAUUUAUCGUUCACAUUAAAGGUGCUCCAUCUCAUAAAAUCCUCAGCGAUGCUAGAGGUAUUCUCUGCAACAUGACUCAUAGAGGGGCUGUUGGUUCGGACGCGCGCGACGGGGACGGAGCCGGUGUCAUGACUGGAAUUCCACAUGAAUUCUUUAUCCAAGAAUGUACAAGAUUAGGGAUUAAUUUGCCUCCAAGGGGUCAAUACGCUGUUGGUAACGUGUUUUUUAAACCGGAACCCGCUGUUAUGGAAGAAAGUAAACAGAUCUUUGAACAGAUUGCCGAAUCCUUAAAUUUAAAAGUUUUGGGUUGGCGUGAAGUUCCAAAAGACAACACAAUCCUCGGUCCUGCGGCAAAAUCACGUGAACCCACGAUCUUGCAACCCUUCGUCACCUUUGCUUCUGCAAGCUCGAAACCUCACGAUGAUGUUAAUGUUGAUAAUUUCGACGAAACUUAUUUUGCUCGUCAACUUUACGUUCUCAGAAAGCAGGCUACUCAUACUAUAACUGUGAAGAGGUGGUUUUACAUCUGCUCUUUAUCCAACAAAAAUAUCACCUACAAGGGUCAGCUUAGCCCCGUGCAGGUGUAUAAUUAUUUCUACGACCUGAAUAAUGUUGCGUACAGGACGCAUUUUUCGUUGGUUCAUUCUCGUUUCUCUACGAAUACUUUUCCAUCUUGGGAUCGUGCUCAACCCAUGAGAUGGUGUGCUCAUAAUGGUGAAAUCAAUACCUUACGUGGUAAUAAAAAUUGGAUGAGAGCUCGUGAGGGUAUCAUGAAAUCUGACUUGUUCGGCGCCGAAUUGGAUUUAUUAUACCCCAUCAUUGAAGAAGGUGGGUCGGAUUCAGCCGCCUUCGAUAACGUUCUGGAAUUACUCGUGAUCAAUGGUGUCUUAACGUUACCUCAAGCUGUCAUGAUGAUGAUUCCUGAAGCAUGGCAGAACAAUGCUUUAAUGGAACCCGAAAAACGUGCAUUUUAUCAGUGGGCUGCUUGCCUUAUGGAACCAUGGGAUGGUCCUGCUUUAUUCACUUUCAGUGAUGGUCGUUAUUGUGGUGCAAGCUUAGAUCGUAAUGGAUUGCGUCCUUGUCGUUUUUACAUCACAAGCGAUGAUCUUAUGAUUUGCGCUUCUGAAGUUGGUACAACAUUUAUUGAGCCUGAACGUAUCGUUCAAAAAGGUCGUCUACAGCCUGGGAAAAUGUUAUUGGUUGAUACCGAAGAAGGGCGUGUGGUUGAUGACCGUGAAUUAAAAUUAUCGACGGCAAGCCGCGAAAAUUUUAGUGCUUGGAUUGAUAAACAAAUGAUUACGCUUGAUAGCAUCAUUGAAAGAAUUAAAAUGACCGGAAAUGGUAUUUCCGUGGAAUUGGAUAAUAGUACUGUUGCGGAAGAUCCACGAUUACGAGCUUUUGGUUAUACCAUCGAACAAUUAAAUUUACUUGUCUUACCCAUGACAGUUGAUGCCAAAGAAGCUCUUGGAUCAAUGGGAAAUGAUGCACCUUUGGCUUGUCUUUCAAGUCAACCUCGUUUAAUUUAUGAUUAUUUCCGUCAACUGUUCGCCCAAGUUACAAAUCCUCCCAUCGAUCCAAUCCGUGAGGAGAUUGUGAUGUCAUUGGAAUGUUACAUUGGACCCGAAGGAAAUAUUUUGGAGAUCAACGAACUACAAGCCAACAGACUUGCAUUACCCUCCCCAAUUCUAUCAAUUGAUGAACUAAACGCUAUUAAAAGGAUGGAGAGGAUUCAAUCCGAUUGGAGCGUUUGCACCAUUGACAUUACUUUUCCAAAACAAGAAGGAGUCUCUGGUUAUUUAUUAGCUUUAGAACGAAUUUGCGCUGAAGUUUCUCAAGCUAUUCAAGAAGGUUUUAAAAUUGUUGUUCUUUCAGAUACCGGUAUUAAUGCCGAGAGAGUUGCAAUUUCCUCCUUGAUAGCUGUCGGUGGCGUGCAUCAUUAUCUUGUCCGUAGUAAACAACGUUCAAAAAUUGCUCUUUUUAUUGAGACCGCUGAAGCCAGAGAAGUUCAUCACAUUACUGUACUUUUAGGUUAUGGUGCUGAUGCUAUUUGUCCUUAUUUGGUCAUGGAGGCCAUAAUGAAACUUAAACGAGAAAACGCCAUCAGGGAUGAUUUGACUGUUGACAAGAUCAUUUUUAACUAUAAGAAAGCCAUAAACAAUGGCAUCUUGAAAGUUAUGUCAAAGAUGGGUAUCUCCACAUUACAAAGCUACAAAGGGGCGCAAAUCUUUGAAGCUUUAGGGAUCGAUGACAGCGUUAUCGCCCGGUGUUUCGCGGGCACAGCCUCAAGAAUAAAAGGGACGACAUUUGAAAUUUUAGCGUUAGAUGCCCUUGCAUUCCAUGAGCAAGGGUUCCCUUCACGUGACACAAUCAUUCCACAAGGACUACCAGAAUCUGGUGAAUAUCAUUGGCGUGAUGGUGGCGAACCACAUAUAAACGAUCCUUCUGGCAUUGCAGACCUUCAACACGCGGUUCGUUCAAAAAAUCAAUCAUCUUAUGAAUCCUACUCACGCAAUGCUUAUGAGCAAAUUAAAAAUUGCACUCUGCGUGGCCUUUUGGAUUUCGAUUAUGAUAACUCUAAAGCGAUCCCUAUGGAUCAAGUUGAACCUUGGACAGAAAUUGUGAAACGCUUUUGCACUGGUGCUAUGUCUUAUGGUUCUAUCUCGAUCGAAUCUCACUCAACCCUUGCAAUUGCAAUGAAUAAGUUAGGUGGAAAGUCAAAUACCGGCGAGGGUGGAGAGGAUCCCGAGCGUUCGAUACCACUGCCCAAUAAUGUUUCUAAGCGAAGCGCCAUCAAGCAAGUAGCCUCUGGACGAUUUGGUGUAACAUCCUACUACCUUUCCGAUUCAGACGAAUUACAGAUUAAAAUGGCUCAAGAAUUACCUGGCCAUAAAGUUUCAGAUCAAAUUGGUAAAACAAGAAAAUCAACUCCUGGUGUUGGUUUAAUUUCUCCUCCGCCGCAUCAUGAUAUUUAUUCAAUUGAGGACCUGAAACAAUUGAUAUAUGAUCUCAAGUGUUCAAAUCCUAGGGCUCGAGUUUCCGUCAAGUUAGUUUCAGAAGUUGGUGUUGGUAUCGUUGCUUCCGGUGUUGCCAAAGCAAAGGCAGAUCAUAUUUUAAUUUCUGGUCAUGAUGGUGGUACUGGUGCGUCACGCUGGACAAGUAUCAAAUAUGCUGGUCUUCCUUGGGAAUUGGGUCUUGCUGAAACACAUCAAACAUUAGUUUUGAACGAUUUACGUGGUCGCGUAAUUGUUCAAACCGACGGACAAAUUAGAACUGGUCGUGAUGUGGCGAUAGCAUGUUUAUUAGGUGCGGAGGAAUGGGGAUUUGCGACUACGCCUUUAAUUGCAGUGGGUUGUAUUAUGAUGAGGAAGUGUCAUCUGAACACUUGCCCUGUUGGUAUAGCCACUCAAGAUCCGGAAUUACGUAAGAAAUUCGAAGGGAAGCCUGAGCAUGUGAUAAAUUUCUUUUAUUAUAUUGCUGAAGAAUGUCGUCAAAUAAUGGCAAAACUUGGUUUCCGAACAAUCAAUGAAAUGGUUGGCAGAUCCGAUAAACUUCGAGUGAAUGAAUCUUUAAGGAAUGCUAAAACAGAAAAUAUCGACCUCACACCGAUCUUAACUCCAGCUUUCACUUUGCGUCCUGGAGUUGCAACUUACAAUGUACGAAAACAAGAUCAUAAACUUUAUGUUCGAUUGGACAAUAAGCUCAUCGAUGAGUCCGAAUUAGCAUUGACCAAGAGGAAAUCAGUUAAAAUUGAUUGCGAUAUUGUAAAUACUGAUCGUGCACUUGGUUCGACUUUAUCAUGUCACGUUUCAAAACUUCAUGGCGAAGCUGGAUUACCUGAUGAUACUAUUCGUGUCAAUCUCAGAGGUUCUGCGGGUCAAUCAUUUGGUGCUUUCUUAGCUUCUGGUAUAACUCUUGAAUUGGAAGGUGACGCCAAUGAUUAUGUAGGAAAAGGUCUCUCAGGAGGUCAUAUAAUAGUUUAUCCACCAAAAAUUUCCACUUUCAAAUCCGAGGAAAAUAUUAUUGUUGGCAAUGUAUGUUUAUAUGGUGCUACAUCCGGUAAAGCUUUCUUCCGUGGUAUCGCAGCUGAACGUUUCUGUGUGCGUAACUCUGGAGCGAUUGCUGUCGUUGAAGGUGUUGGCGAUCACGGUUGUGAAUAUAUGACAGGUGGAAGGGUGGUUGUUUUAGGAGGAACGGGACGAAACUUUGCAGCUGGUAUGAGCGGGGGCAUCGCCUAUGUGCUCGAUCUCGCUCAAGAUUUCCGUUCAAAAUGUAAUACUGAAAUGGUCGAUUUAGAAACGGUAAAUGAUCCUCAAGAAAUAGAAUUCUUGCGUGGACUUAUUGAAGAUCAUCGUCACUUCACUGGAUCGGAUAUUGCAGAUCGUGUAUUGAAAAAUUUCAAUCAGAUCUUACCUAAAUUCGUUAGGAUUAUCCCAGUCGACUACCGGGCUGUAUUGGAGAAACAAAAAGAAACUCAAAAGAGGAAAGAGCAAGAAAUACAACAACCACCAGAACUUCAACUAGCUAAUCAAAAGGCAGAACCAUCAGUCGCAGAUAUAGAGGAUUCAAUGGUGGAUGAAGAAGCUGCCAAAAAGAGAUCUCAAAUUGUGGAUAAAGUCCGGGGUUUCAUGAAAUAUAAGAGGAGAGUUGACAAUUACAGGAAUCCAAAAAAACGGGUGAAUGAUUGGAAAGAAAUCAAUGCUCGUCUAAACGAUUCAGAUCUUAAAGUACAAGCAGCUCGUUGUAUGGAUUGUGGGGUGCCAUUCUGCCAAUCGGACAAUGGUUGUCCAAUCAGUAACAUCAUUCCAAAAUGGAAUGAACUUGUUUUCAAAAAUCAAUGGCGCGAUGCUUUGAACAGGUUGAUGAUGACGAACAAUUUCCCUGAAUUCACCGGUCGUGUUUGUCCCGCUCCUUGUGAAGGUGCUUGCGUAUUGGGAAUCAAUGAACCACCCGUUAGUAUCAAAUCCAUUGAAUGUGCCAUUAUCGAUAAAGGUUUUGAAAUGGGUUGGAUUGUUCCAGAACCGCCAGCAAUGCGUACCGGUAAAAAAGUUGCAAUCAUUGGAUCAGGUCCAGCAGGUCUUUCCGCAGCAGAUCAACUUAAUAAGGCUGGCCAUCUCGUCACAGUAUAUGACCGGAAUGAUAGAUUUGGUGGCCUUCUAAUGUACGGUAUUCCAAACAUGAAAUUAGACAAGAAAAUUGUACAAAGGCGAAUUGACCUCCUCGCCGAUGAAGGAAUCAAGUUUGUUUCAAAUGCUCAUGUUGGUGUUGAUGUCGAUGCAUCUAAGAUUAAGAGAGAGAACGACUGUAUGAUAGUCGCAACAGGUGCAACUUGGCCACGUGAUUUGAAAAUACCCAAUAGAAACCUUGACGGCAUUCAUUUUGCCAUGGAAUUCCUUCAAUUAAACACCCAGAGUUUGUUGGAUUCAAACCUUCAAAAUUCCCGCUAUAUCAACGCAAAGGAUAAGAACGUCAUCGUGAUAGGUGGUGGUGACACGGGAUGUGAUUGUAUAGGGACAUCGAUACGGCAUGGCGCCAAAUCAGUCGUAAACUUUGAGUUGUUACCUCAACCACCAGCAACGCGCGAUCCCAUCGAAAACCCAUGGCCGACCUUUCCAAAGGUUUUCCGCAUUGAUUAUGGGCAUUCUGAAGUUAUUACACAUUUUGGAAAAGAUCCUCGAGAGUAUAAUAUAUUAUCAAAAUCCUUUGUGAGUGACGGCAAUGGACACGUUUCUGGUGUUAACACAGUUCGCGUAGAAUGGACAAAAGAUCCGGUUACCGGUCGAUGGUCAAUGAAAGAAGUUAUAGGAAGCGAACAAUUCUUCCAAGCUGAUCUUAUAUUUUUGGCACUUGGUUUUAUGGGUCCAGAAGAAAAGUUAAUAAAUAGUUUAGGAUUAAAAGUCGAUGCUCGUACCAACAUUGAAACGUUUAAAGGAAAAUACAGUACAGCUGUACCGGGAAUUUUUGCUGCCGGUGAUUGUCGACGAGGACAAAGCUUGAUUGUUUGGGGUAUUAAUGAAGGAAGACAGGCAGCGAGAGAGGUCGAUCAAUACUUGAUGGGUAAUACAAAUUUACCUGUAACCGGAGGUAUUAAACAACGUACCCUGGAAUCUUUAACGCAUCAGACGCAUCCAGGUUUAGUUGCUAUGGCAACUUGGAGAUGA